GAAAAGUUGCACAGUCAGAGUUGCAGAACAUUUAUUUCCACCAGAAACUUAUUUCAUCUGAAUUCAGAAGGGCCGUUGAUUGCGUGUUAAUUUGCAGCGAUAGUUGCCAUUUACAGCUCAUUUUAUUCUUCUAUUUGACUUUUAGCAAUGUAUCUUAAACUUGUGCAAACGAGAAUGUAUGCAAAUGCGCUUUCUGAGCUGGCAUUAAAGAAACACCUGGCACCAAUAAAGUCCUUCUGCAGCACAACAAAAGGACAGACCGUGGUCUCGGAACGCAGGGGGUCAGUGGUCACCAUCGCCCUUAACCGUCCCGAGGCGCGUAACGCCGUGAACCAGGAGACUGCAAGGCAUCUGCUGGAGGAGCUGGAGGCCUUCGAGCGUGAGCCGGACUUGAAUGUAGCUGUCCUGCACGGCAUAGGAGGUAAUUUCUGCGCUGGUUACGAUCUGAAAGAACUAGCCAAUCGCACAGCCUCACUCAAAUUGGAGCGAGAUGUCACCAAGGGUUCCGCUCCAAUGGGUCCCUCCCGUUUGCAGUUGUCCAAGCCCCUGAUAGCAGCGGUCAGCGGAUUUGCCGUGGCCGGAGGAUUGGAACUGGCCCUGCUGGCUGACCUACGAGUUGUAGAGAAGAGUGCCAUCAUGGGCGUGUUCUGCCGCAGGUUUGGAGUUCCGCUCAUUGAUGGUGGGACCGUGAGACUCCCACGACUCAUUGGUCUUUCCAGAGCCCUGGACAUGAUUUUGACCGGGCGGCCCAUCGGCGCACAGGAAGCCCUUGCGUAUGGGCUGGCGAACCGAGUUGUCCCGGAUGGGGAAGGAUUACAGGCCGCCCUGCAGAUAGCCGAACAGAUCAGCUCAUUUCCUCAAGAGUGCAUGAGGGUCGAUCGCUCGUCGGCCAUCUACAGCUGCUACGAGGCAUCCUCCUUUACACAGGCCAUGCAGUAUGAGACUGACCAUGGAGAAGCAGUCAUCUUGUCCGAAGCUGUCGCUGGGGCAACUAAAUUCACGACUGGAACUGGACGAGGGGGGAAAUUUCCUUGAGAUUUUUGUGUGAUGUGUGGGUUAUAUUGCUUUAUAAAUUUACAGUAAUAUGCAGAGUGUGUCUCGGUCAUGUCUUAUUUUGAUUACAAUCCUUGGCAAAAAUCAUGGAGACGCCAGUCCUUGGCAUUAAUAGUGUUAUGUGCAGGCCUCCCGUGAACAGUUUGUGUACUUACUUGAGUGUGUGUUUAUGCGUCUGUGCCUGAUAUGAGGUAGCUUUGAUGCUAGUUGUCACUCCUCACACCCAGAUAAGAUAAAACUCCAUGCAGCAAUAGCAGAGAGGCAGAGAUCCGGACACCUUUGGGUUCUUAUCAGCAAGGCCCAUCAAAAUCUGAUGUGGCACCAUGAAGACAUAACACAG